UGGUAAGAUAGUAUUACCGUUGGAUUUCUCAACAAAAAACAACCACCACGCAAAUUUGGCGGGUGGAGAGUAGACGCCAAGUUAACCACCUAACCAUGGCGGCCCUCAUCGUUCCGGCUGGAUGCCGACAACUGAACGUUUCACCGUUGGCGCACGUUAUACUUGGACGUCGCCGUCCUGGCCGUGUAACUACUUCCGCCGCUCUAUCAACCCCGCCCCGCGGAGGCGACCCCGUGGAUUGGGCGGAGGCGACAUCGAGCUUCUUCCAACAAGACUCUCGGCCCAUCAUGUUAUUUGACGGUGUAUGCAAUUUGUGUAAUGGAGGUGUGAAGUUUGUUCGGGAUAACGAUCGACAGAGGCGAAUAAGGUUUGAGCCUCUACAGAGCGAGGGGGGUAAGAAACUACUAAGAAGAUCUGGACGAGCUCCUGAUGAUAUUUCUAGUGUUGUGCUUGUUGAAAAGGAUAGGUCAUAUAUUAAAUCAGAAGCUGUGCUGAAGAUAAUGGAGUACAUUGACUUACCCUUCCCUCAGCUAGCAUUCUUUUUACAGUUUGUUCCUCUUUUCAUUCGGGAUUAUGCAUAUGACAAUGUUGCAAACAAUCGUUACACUAUUUUUGGUCGCUCGGAUUCAUGUGAGAUAUAGUAUUAUUCAUUCCUGUUCUCUUUUGAUCUUCAUAUCAGAACCAUCGGAAAAGAAGAAUUUCGAUUUUGUAAGUAAAAAUGUUUAUUCAACUUUAGCAAGCAUAUGCAUUAUGAUUACUAGUGGGUUAUUUUAGAAGCUAAGAAUACAAAUAUAUUCUUGUUUUGUUGUGGAGAUUACAAAAGGAAAGGGUCAGUAACUUUGAAAUUUGAUGCCUUCUAUUUAGCAAUUGAACAUAUUUUUUCGUUUCAUUGUAUCACUUCCCACUCACCUAUCAGCUGUGCAUGUUUUCCAUUUUUCAGUUAUUUUGUUGCAAACUUCUCA